UCGGCGGCGGUGGUGGUCUGGGAGGGGCGGCGGCCGCCAGCUCGUGCGAGCCGGUCCGCGGGCCGGGCGGCGGCCGCGGCGGAGCCAUGAAGCUGUACUGCCUGAGCGUCCUGUACAAAGGCGAGCCCAAGGCGGCGCUGCUCAAGGCCGCUUCCGACGUGUCGUCCUUCAGCUUCUUCCAGCGGUCCAGUGUUCAGGAAUUCAUGACCUUCACCAGCCAGCUGAUUGUGGAGCGCUCAACAAAAGGCAGCAGAGCUUCCGUCAAAGAACAAGACUACCUGUGCCACGUCUACGUGCGCAACGACGGUCUCGCGGGUGUGGUCAUCGCUGACAGCGAGUACCCAUCCCGGGUGGCCUUCACCUUGCUGGAGAAGGUGCUGGACGAUUUCUCCAGGCAGGUUGACAGGAGUGAGUGGCCGGUCGGAUCCCCUUCUACCAUCAGCUACGCAGCCCUGGACGGCUACCUGAGCACAUACCAGAAUCCCCGAGAAGCCGACCCCAUGAGUAAGGUGCAGGCAGAACUGGACGAGACCAAGAUCAUUCUGCACAACACCAUGGAGUCCUUGUUGGAACGAGGUGAGAAGAUAGAUGACCUGGUGUCCAAGUCCGAAGUGCUGGGGAUUCACUCCAAAGCCUUCUACAAAACGGCCCGGAAGCAAAACUCGUGCUGUGCAGUCAUGUGACCGCAGCCCGCAGGGGCCCCCUCACUGCAAAGUCCCCGCCAUUCGCAUCCGAACUGCAGCCCCCAAGAACCUUGGAGGCCACAGGAAGACCGACGCGCAAAACCUCAUCGCCCGCUUUGGGCUCCCGGACGGAGCCGAGGGCUGGUGGAAGGGACCUGGGGCGGGGAAUGUUCAAGUUCACGUGUCUCGUAAUUUCUGCAAACAUAACUGGAGGCGCCCAGAGGUGUAUUUUUGGGCCAAAUGCUACGAUAAACACUCUGGACCCCUGCGGAGGCUGAGGGGCCGUUUCUGCCGGACGGCCCCGGGGGCGGGGCCAGCUCUGCUGUCCUCAGCAGCCUCUGGGUCUCACUUGUACAUUAACUGUGUUAACACUUCAGUGAGGGGUUCCCGACGCCCAGGGCGGGGUGGCGGGCAGCGCGCACACCUGGUUCUCCCGGGGAGGCCGCCAGCGUCACUGCAGGGCGGGGGAUGUGGUGAGACGGCCACUGGGCCUCGUUCUGCGACGCGGUUGCGUUUCUGCUGAGGUGGACGUCUGCAGAGUCCCACGGAGGGGCCUCGGAGGCCUUUGGAGGGGGCAGGACACCUGACCUACAGACCGACCUUGAACGUCAGGGUCACAAGUGUGUGCCUCCGGUGACGAGCCUGUUUUGGCAGCCACCUGCGGUCUGCGUGUCUUAGCAAGUGGCGCUUCCUGUGGCCGCUGUUACUGAGCACCAAGCGUAGGUGCCAGCCAGCGCAAGGGCUCCUGACGCCCCCGCUGUGGUCAGAGGCCCAUCUCCGCCCACCCCCCACCUGACCCCCUGCAGCAGGAGCCCCGGCGACCCUCCACCCACCCCGUCCAGCACUGCCGCCUCCUGCCCCGUGUGUCCCCUGAGGACAAGGUGCGCCCUCGAGCCUGGGCCCCACGGGGGCCGCUGCCCGGCGGUCGCUGGUGUGGCUCUGUCCACAGGGCCUCCCCCACGUGUGCUGGUUCCUGCCUGACCUGAAGGUUCCACUCCAACAGGAGGUGCCCGCAGCCCUGGAACCUCUCGCUUGGGCCAGAACGCGGGGCCUGGCCCAGUUCCCUGCCGGUGGCCCCGCCCCGGGCGCCGCAGGCCCACCCACCUCUGCUGCCUGCCUGGCCACGCGGUUCCGCCCCUGCCGCACAGGCCCCGGGAGGCACGGAGCCGUCCUGCGCGCUGGCCCCCGGGGUGGCUGUGACCCCGCUUGGGCAGCUCAGGCUGUGGGUGGGGCCAGGCCCUGUGCCAGCUUGUCCCCUGUUGUGUCAUUCUAACAUCAAGUCAUCUGGCUGAGAGUGUAUUUUAAUAACUGCUGCCUAACUUUUCUGUGUGUGAGAGGUGUCUGUC